AUGGCGACCCAACAGUGGCCUGCCGCCAAAGUGCGCCAGACUUUCCUGGACUACUUCUCCGAGCGCGGCCACACCUUUGUGCCCUCGUCCUCGGUCGUGCCGCUGUCCGACCCCACGCUGCUGUUCACCAAUGCCGGCAUGAACCAGUACAAGGCCAUCUUCCAGGGCACCGUCGACCCGUCGUCCGACUUUGCCCAGCUGAAGCGCGCCGCCAACUCGCAAAAGUGCAUCCGCGCCGGCGGCAAGCACAACGACCUCGACGAUGUCGGCAAGGACAGCUACCACCACACCUUCUUCGAGAUGCUGGGCAACUGGUCGUUCGGCGACUACUUCAAGAAGGAGGCCGUGGGCUUCACCUGGGAGCUGCUGACGGGCGUGUACGGCAUCGACCCGAAGCGCCUGUACGUCACCUACUUCGAGGGCGACGCCGCCGGCGGCCUCGAGCCGGACCUGGAAGCCCUCGAGCUGUGGAAGAGCGUCGGCGUGCCCGAGGACCACAUCCUGCCCGGCAACAUGAAGGACAACUUUUGGGAGAUGGGCGACCAGGGCCCCUGCGGCCCCUGCUCCGAGGUGCACUACGACCUGCGCGAGCCCGUCAACGGCGAGUACAGGAACGCCGCUGAGCUGGUCAACGCCGACGACCCCGAGGUCAUUGAGAUCUGGAACAACGUCUUCAUGCAGUAUAACCGCGAGCCCGACCGCUCGCUGCGCUCGCUGCCCAACAAGCACAUCGACACCGGCAUGGGCUUCGAGCGUCUGGUGUGUCUGCUGCAAAAGAAGAUGUCCAACUACGACACCGACGUCUUCACCCCGCUGUUCGACCGCAUCCAGGAGAUCACCGGCGCGCGCCCGUACAACGCCAAGUUCGGCAAGGAGGACGCCGACGGCAUUGACACUGCCUACCGCGUCGUCGCCGACCACGUCCGCAUGAUGUCCUUUGCGAUCGCUGACGGCGGCGUCCCGAACAACGUCGGCCGCGGCUAUGUCGUGCGCCGCGUCCUGCGACGAGGCGCCCGCUACGCCCGCAAGUACUUCGAGACGGACAUUGGCGACUUCUUCUCCAAGAUCGUCCCCACCCUGGUCGAGCAGAUGGGCGGCAUGUUCCCGGAGAUCAAGAAGAAGCAGCAGGACAUCAUCGAGAUUCUUGACGAGGAAGAGAAGGCCUUUGCCAAGUCGCUGGACCGCGGCGAGGUCAUUUUCGAAAAAUACGCACAAAAGGCAAAGGCCAAGGGCUCAAACGACCUGCCCGGCGACGACGUCUGGCGGCUGUACGACACCUACGGCUUCCCCGUCGACCUCACCAAGCUCAUGGCCGAGGAGCGCGGCCUGAACAUCAACGACAAGGAGGUCGAGGAGGCGCAGGAGAAGGCACGCGAGGCCAGCAAGGGCGACAAGAAGGCUGCCGGCGUCGUGGUCAAGCUUGAUGUCCACGAUCUCGGCGCCCUCGAGAACAUGCCCGAAGUCCCCAAGACCGACGACAAUGCCAAGCACGGCCGCGAGAACAUCACCGCCACCAUCAAGGCCAUCUACCACAACAAGCAGUUCCUCAAGAGCACAAAGGAGGUCCCCCAGGGCGAGCGCUUCGGCAUCCUGCUCGACAAGACCAACUUCUACGCCGAGCAGGGUGGCCAGGAGGCCGACUUUGGCAAGCUCGUCAUCGACGGCGAGGCCGACUUCACCGUCGACGACGUCCAGGUGUACGCCGGCUACGUCCUGCACACCGGCUAUCUCGGCGAGGGCGAGCUCAGCGUUGGCAGCCAGGUCAUUGCCGAGUUCGACGAGCUCCGGAGAAACCCCAUCCGCAACAACCACACCGGCACCCACGUCCUCAACUACGCGCUGCGCGAGGUCCUCGGCAACGAGGUUGACCAGAAGGGCUCGCUGGUCGCGCCCGAGAAGCUGCGCUUCGACUUCUCGCACAAGGCCGGCCUGACCGACGCCGAGCUCGAGAAGGUCGAGCAGAUCGCCUCGGACUACAUCAAGCAGGACGCGCAGGUCUUCGCCAAGGACGUCCCGCUCGCCGUCGCCCGCGAGAUCAACGGCCUGCGCGCCGUCUUCGGCGAGACGUACCCCGACCCCGUCCGCGUCGUCUCGGUCGGCGCCUCGGUCGACGACCUGAUUGCGGACCCCAAGAACGCCGCCUGGAGCAAGCUCUCCAUCGAGUUCUGCGGCGGCACGCACGUGCUCAAGACGGGCGAGAUCAAGCAGCUCGUCGUGCUCGAGGAGUCCGGCAUCGCAAAGGGCAUCCGCCGCGUCAUCGCCGUCACGGGCCAGGAAGCCUACGACGUGCAGCGCAUCGCCGCCGACUUCGCCGCGCGCCUCGACGCCCUCGACAAACUCCCCUUUGGCGCCCAGAAAGAAGCCGACGCGAAGCGCACCCAGGUCGACCUCAACGCGCUCACCAUCUCCGCGCUGACCAAGUCCCGCUUCCGCACCCGCAUGGCCGCGAUUUCCAAGUCCCUGCUCGACGCGCAGAAAGCCGCCGCAAAAGCCGAGCAGAAGGCCGUCCUGGACCAAGUCACCGCGCAUUUCAAGGACGACGCGAACCGCUUCUGCGUGCUGAAGGUCGCGUACUCGCCGUCCGUCGGCAAGACCAUCAGCGAGGUCGUCAAGACGGUGUCGGCGCCCAAGAGCGCGCUGAAGGACCGCAGUGUGUAUUUGUUCGCUGCCAGCCCCGAGGAGGGGAAGGUCGUGCAUGGGUGUUAUGUUUCUGAGCCGUUCAAGGCCAAAGGCGCCGACGGGCCCCAGUGGGCUGCCUCGGUAACGCCGAUUAUCGGCGGCAAGGCGGGCGGCAAGGCGGGCGCGGCGACGGCGGUUGGGCAGGGGACUGAGGCUGCGCGCGUGGAUGAGGGUGUUGAGGAGGCGAGGCGGUGGAUUGAGAAGUUGGCUGUCUAA